GGAAAAUUGUAAAAUCUUUUAAGAACAAUAAUGAUUCUUGCGAAAUAUCCUUGACUUGAACUCAUAGAAUCCUGCUGUCAAUGCUUUGGGUUUCCUCCUUCCUCCUUCUUGUCUCAAAGCACUAAUUUAUUUCAUGAAUUUAUCAGCUAUGGCGGGUGUUAGCAGUAAAGAGUUUUAUUUCAAUGCUGUUCAACUUUUAGCCCGAUCUCUGGCAAAUUUGAAACCAGCACCGAGGGAAAAGGUCAAUCAUUUGGUCAGUAUGUGUCCUCAAGAAACAGCACAGGGGAUCUUCAAAUUUGAUCAACGUGGACAAGAAGCAGUUUUUGCUUUAGGAGUAUUUUUUUUACAGUCGGAGUACCAAUAUCAGGAUAUAAUUUUUCCCUAUUUUAUGAAAUUGCUGAGAGGCCUUGCAAAAGCAAUAUGGAUUGAAGAAGCCAGGAUACAUGACACUGAUCGUAUUCCUGUUAGUGAGCGUUUUGCUUUUUGUCUGAAUACAUUAUUGUCUGACAUUGCAUGUUUUCAUGAAAGCUUACGAGAUGAAAUAAUUGCGGCUCAAGUUGAACUACUGGGUACUUUGGCUAACCUUUGCAGGAACUAUAAAGAAAAAGAAUCAGUUAAUUCUCGAUGUAUUACACUUUGCAAGUCAGUGGUUCCUGUUUUCAUAGGAACUGCUCGAGCAGUUGGUCGAGCCAGCAAGCAGUUCCCCCCUCUCUUUUGCCGCAUGUUUCCCUCUGUCAUUAACUCUGUGCCAAAUUCUCCGGAAGCUCCAAAAUUACACAAAGUUCCCAGUAGUGCCUCCUUCAAACAGCGUACUUUUCAUAAUUUUCGGCCCAUUCUGCAUCGUUCCAUGUCUGCUGUUUCUCGCAAUGCCUCUAGUACUGCGUUGACAAGUCAAGAUUCUGGAGCUGAUUUAUCAAUUGCUGGAAGCAGUGGGCUAUCAAGCAAAAGAGCUUCACUCUACAGCCAGUCAUCCCUGACGUAUGACCCCACUAGCUAUUACUUUUAUAAGUUUGGCUCUAGCUUUGGUCGUAUACCCGCAUUUGGCCGUGUUGAACAUGAGCAGCAUCCCUUACUGUUUUCUGUGGCUCACUUACAAGCAAUGCUGGCCAUUGCAAAAAAGUUGCUUACAAAAGAUAUGUUGGAAUUUUUGGAUGAACAAGCUAGCGAAAUUUACAAUUCAGGUCAGCUGAAAAUUUUUCCUUACAAAACCUUCAGUGAAACAAUAAAUUUAGUUCUAGUAACUCUAUUGCGUGAGCUGUUACAACCACAAAAAAAUUUGCCAUCUCCUUUUACGAAAGACGUUCAGGAAUUUGUUCGAGAUUUAUUUCUUUCUGGACAAACUGAGCUUCAGACAAGACAGCAUGAUGCUAGUGAACGUGAAGAUAAAGAAUCAAAUUUUACCGUAGUCAACAAAUUUAAAGUUAAUGUUCAAACAAAUGCUGCUUGUGUUGAUCUAUUAGUAUGGGCUGUUUCAGAUGAUAUGGGUGCUGAUGCUCUCUGUAGUCGUCUACAAGAAAAAAUUCAUUCAUCACACUCAGCCAAAAUAGCUCUUGCUCACAUGCCAUUACUAAUGGUUUGCUUGGAGGGCUUGGGUCAAUUGGCAGAGAAAUUUCCUAGCAUUUCUCAUAGUUGCAUAGAUGCUUUACGGGACUUUUUAGUCAAUCCUUCUCCUAUACUCUUGCGGUUAAAUCGCCAAACAAUGGAUCACAGUGUUCGAAGUGGAAAUUUGAGCAUUAUGGUGACAUCAGAAAACCCAUCUACUGUUUAUUCUGCAACAACUACUAGUUCAGGAACAGCAUUUGAAAAUUUGAGGGAUACUGCAAUAGAAAAUUUAUGCAGGGCAUUAAAAGCUGGUUUAAGUAAUGAUACUCACUGUGUACAAGCUUUUCUAGCUUCUGUGUCAAACAGGCUUUAUCAGGCCGAAAAAAGUGAUAUGGAAUCAACUUUAGUCUCUACAAAUACAAUUGUAGCUUUGGGCCAUGUUGCCGUAACGCUGAAAAAUACUCCCCGUACGAUGGAAUCCAUUCUACAGUUUUUCCAACAAAGGUUUUGUCAGCCACCUUCAAGGUUAGAUUCCCUCAUUGUUGAUCAGCUAGGAUGCAUGGUUAUAGCCAAAGGGGAUAUUCAUGUGCAUGAAGAAGUGAUGAAAAUGUUUACAAUGAUCACUGUGGAAUCCAGUUCUGCUUACAAUGUUGGAAGUGCAGAUGGGAGAAAACAAGGCUAUAGACACGUUUCCUUAUCUGUGAUAAAUGCCCUCGCAAAUAUUGCGGCUGAUCUUGAAGGGGAGGCUGAACAAAAUGAACUCCUUGUUAGACUUCUUGAGUUGUUUGUUCAACUUGGUUUGGAAGGGAAAAGGGCCAGUGAGAGAGCUCCCGCAGCUUUCAAGGCAUCCAGUAGUGCUGGUAACUUAGGAGUUCUAAUCCCAGUGAUAUCUGUGCUUCUUCGUCGUAUACCACCUAUUUCUUGCCCAAAACCACGUCUUUUGAAGUUGUUCAGAGAUUUUUGGUUGUAUUGUGUUGUUAUGGGUUUUACUUCUGAAUCAGGUCUGUGGCCGCAAGAAUGGUUUGAGGAAUUGAAGGAAAUUGCUGCAAAAUCUCCUCUUUUAGUAUCAAGAGAGCAUUUAAGAUCCGAGUUGCAGUAUAAUUCAGCUAUUCGAGCGGAUGCAGUUUCUGUUUCUGAAAUUCAAGAGCUGAGAAGUCAAAUCGUGGGAUUAUUAGACCAUCAAGCAGAUGUUACACCUUUAAUAAAUAAGCUUAAUUGUGCUCAGUGUACAUAUUUAUUGUCUGUUUAUCAUCUUGAAACUCUGAGAGUUCGCCAUAUUCAAGAGAAAACCCCAUUCCAUUGUAUGCUUCAGUACUUAGAGGAUCCAACCAUUCAAAAAGAUAAAGCUGGAAUCUGGCAGUGUAUUGUAGCAGUUUCGGAUAAAGUGUUUCAGACCUAUUUAGACAUUGUCUCAUCAAAACCCCGAAAUAAGGAGCGAGACGAUGAACUUGAGGAACAUGCUACAUUUUUACUUGUGAAAUUCAACCAUCCUCAGAAGCAAAUCAGACGGGUAGCAGAUAAAUAUCUCUCAAUGCUAGUAGAUAGAUUUCCUCAUUUAUUAUGGAGUGGAAAAGUACUUUGGACAAUACUUGAUAUUUUGCAAAUAUUGGCUCUCUCUUUGAAAUGGGAUGCAAAUGAAGAAAUACCAGAGUUACUUGUUCCUCGUACAAACUACAAGCUUGCUUUGACUGAUGCUAUUGACACACGCGAGAAUAUUGUUAGGGAUUUUGCUGCUCGGAGUAAAGGUAUUUUGCAAGAAGCAGUAAAAUGGGCACCAAAUGUUACUCAUUCCCACUUAGUUGAGUAUUUAACAGUACGUCAGCAUGCUUCUGAUGGUCUCAAGCAUCAUAGUGGUCUGGCAAUGGCUUGUGGAAGUGUGUUACAAUUUUCUGGACUUAAUUUGUUAUCUUCCCCUUUAUCA